UCCGCCUUUUUCUUGACUGGGAAAGUCCAUCUGACUUUUUUGUCAAUGUUUGGAAUAUUUUUGUUUGUAUCGUAUGUAUUUCUAACGCAUCAUUGACCAGUGGAUUGCCUUAUCAUGGACAUCCGAUGCCGCUUGUGCCUACAAUCCGAGACGGAUGAUAUGACUUCGAUUUCGUGCACGGUAUUCCCACAAAAUAAAAAAUUAUCGGAAAUACUCAGUAUUACUCUGGGUACGUUGUUUCAUAACGAUAACCAACUGUCGAUGCAUGUGUGUGAGCAAUGCUUAAGCCAGGUUAACCGGAUGUAUUUGAUGUGGGAACGUUACAAAAAGUCGCAUCUACUACCAAAGUGUACGAAAGGGAAAGAACAAGACUAUUUCAGUUGUCGACUAUGCAGACGAGAUGACACCGAAGAAUUGAUCGAACUGAUUUGCCUCAGUGAGCGCUGGGGCGUGCGAAUUGAUCGGAUGCUGUUGUUUUUAACUGGAUUUCACCAAAAACAACGCGAUGGUUUACCUCCGUACAUCUGCAGAAGUUGCCUGGUAAAUUUGGAGGACGGAUAUGGAUUUAAGAAUCAAUGCAUCGAUGUCGCUCUGAGGGCCUGGCAAAGGAUGGAGUUCCAAUCGGAUAAUCCAAAUGAUUUGAUCAUCGAUCCAUACGCUGAAAUUAUUCCUCUCUGGUUGGUUCGGGAAGAGACGUUUGAAAAGAUACGAGUCGAAAAAUGCUUGUGCUCAGUUUGUAACCUAGAUUUCAAGCUGGACGAGUGCAGUUCACGAUGCAUGGGGUGUAUGUUGAAGUUUUCGAAUCACCAUGAAUUUUCAAAUGAUCUUGUGCAACCACAGUCGAACGAAACUGUUUCCACUGUAGCUUCUGAGGUUGUAGAUACUAUCGUCGUGAAACCAAAGGAAAUAGCCUUUGAGCCAGACCAGCGUAACUUAACGGAUCUUACGAAGCUUUUCGAGUUUAUCGAGGAGGAAUCUGAAGGCCUUUAUAAAAAGAUACAACGGAAGGGUCCGAUUUGUUGUGGAUGCAACAGAUUGUUUCUCACAGAAGCCAGUAUUGAGAGACACCGUAAAAAGGAACAUUCGGAGCCCAGCGGCAGUGGUGAAAUGACCUGUGAGCUCUGCCUUAAAAGUUUCCUAAAUGUUGCAGCUCUCAGUCUUCACAGAAAUAAACUGAAAAAAGAUAUCUAUGACUAUUGUAAUCAAUGCAAAGUGAUUCUUUAUUCAGAGGCAGGACUUCUAAGGCACGAAAACGCGUAUCACAUGGAAGAAUGUUCACAAACAAAGGUGGCAGGCAAAUACAUACGGACAAUUUCUUUUUUCUAUGAAUGUUGUGUGCUAUCCUGCCGUAAUCAUUACGUGACCGAGCAAGAGUUGCUUGAUCAUUGCAAUCUGGACCAUAAGCAAAUCAAAAUGCUCGACCAAAACAAUAUGUGCCAAUAUUGCGGGUUGAGCUUUGACAGUGAGCAUUUUUUUCUGGAACACAAGGAACGAAAAGUGAAGCGUAAACAAUAUCAAUGCAUUAUUGAUAGUUGUAAAUUUACAGCAAAUGUACAAUCCAGUAUUGUAAAGCAUUGUGAGAAGAAACGACAUAAAUUAUCUGGUUCAUCGAAACGUUCGAAAAAGUCUGUUCCUGAAGCUAAACAUUUUGAUGUUAUUGGUAAUGCAGACGACAUAACCGACAUACUUCACCGGAAAAGUGAAGUGUGUUGCGGAUGUUCUCAGCUUUUUGAACUGACAAAAGAUUUAAAAAAACAUUGCACAGAAAAACAUCCGCCCAUUAAUGAUGAAAGUUUUUAUCGUUGCACGGAGUGCCAAAAGAGUUUCGAUACGGCAUUCGGUUUAUCUUUACAUGCACACGCAGCUGCUAUUCGAACUCACUACUAUUGUCGACCAUGCCAAACUUUUAUGUGGAACAAAAGUGAUCGGAACUAUCACAAGUCCCGCUUCCACACGAAUGAUCUACUAGACGAAGUUGACGGGUGCUACGCUGUCGUGCUUGAAGAUUUCUUCACUUGCUGUGGCUGUGAAGAACAAUUUCAACUGCAAGAGGAACUGACACAACACCGCUUAUCGAAACAUCGGCCUACUGUGCAGCGAAAAAUAAAACCACCAUACGUACGGUGUGAUUGUUGCAAAAAGUGUUUGGCUGACUCAGAUAGGCUAGCUCAACAUCAAGAGAUGUACGAAAGUCGAAAGAUAUAUCUUUGCAAGGUAUUAUCGUGUGUGUUCCGAACCAGAGAGUUAUCGUCAAUAGUGCGCCAUGUGUCCGCUUCGCAUCACCGUGCUGCUGAUGGAAGGAAGUUCUACGUUGCCAGAGGACAUCAGGAUGAAUACCGUUGUUGUGUCCCAAAUUGCGAUUUUGUUAGCGAUUCCUAUGAUGGCGUAAUCGAGCACGGCAGCGACAGUCAUGCUGAAAUACGGCAGCGCAACUCCAAUUUUUAUAGGAAAGAUGAACUUCAGUGUCCCGUGUGCCUCAAAGGGCACCGCGACAGUGCAAGGUUGGCCAAUCAUCAGUACGCGAGAAUGAAGCAAAAAACUAAUCGCAGGUGUUGGUUUUGCCAGAAAAUCUUCCGAUGUGAUGAAUAUAAGGUACAUCUGGAGCAUUGUAAGGUUGAAUAUAAGAUGAAAUGCCAGUAUUGCCCUAAAGAACUAAGCAAUGCAGCUGAUUUGACACAACACAUGCGUACGCACCGUCGAUCCCAGAGAGACGCUCAGAAAACCGUUUGUAUAAUUUGCGGCAAAUAUUUGUCUAGAAACUCAAUGGUAUAUCACAUGAAGGGACACGAGAACAAACGAGCCUGGAAAUGUACUUUGUGUCCGUUGAGAUUCAAUAGUCAAACACUGCUUCUAUAUCACGGUAGAGUACACAGCGGAGAAAAAAUGUUCCAAUGCCGUCAUGGAUGUGACAAUCGGUACAAACGGUCUGGUGAUCGUGCUCGUCACGAAAGGUUAGUUCAUUUGGGAAUCACACCGUUCCGUUGUUUGACGUGUUCCGACUCAUUCGUACGCAAACGAGACCUUCAACUGCACGAAAGGAAGCACACCGGGCGGAAGCUUUAUCCUUGUGAUUUUUGCGGUGAUAGCUUUGAUAAGUUAAGUUUGUUCAAACUACACAAGGAAAAAUGUUCAUAACCAUUUUACAUUUUA